UCGAUUUCUAUAAAAAAAUUUUUCAUAGUAGAGAUUUUAUUAAUGCUUCUUCGGCUACUAAAAAUACAUAAACAAAAUUUAUUAAGCAUACAAUUAAAUAAAUAAAAUUCAAUAAAUGUAAAAUUAAAUCAAAAUAAACCGAAAAUAUUCACUCUACAGUUAUACGGUUUGUGGCUGUCACUAAAAUGGGUUGCCAAUCUGAUUUUUUAUGGAAAAAAGCACAUGUCAACCGCUAAUAUUCAUAAACUAUUCUGCCGCCUUUGAAGUAGACAAAAUUGAAACGCGUGCCACUAACUUUUGCGUCUGUGUGUGCUCACCAGUAAUCUACAUAUUCCACAAUUUAGAUUAAAUUUAUCAAUUUAGUGAGAAUAUUUAGUUCAAAAAAACAUUAGGCGCUUAUCAAAAACUGUCCGUCCGUCCAUUCUACAGCAUGCACCAUUAAAGAGCUAUUCUGUAUUUUAAAAUGUAUUAACUAAUCAACAUAAAACAGCGAGAGCACAAGUGCGACAAUGUUAUUGAACUCUUUCGAAAAAUUGAGAAAAUAUCACAAUUCAGUUGCUCGCAAAAGUCUCGAUAUCUGACGCAUUCUGCGCUCACAUAAACAAAUAAGCACGCACACAUACAUGCAUACAUACAUACACACUUGUGGACAAAUUAAGAAACACAUGUCAUUGCUAGAUAUGAAUAAAAGUGGUGUGUACAUAAUCUGUUACAUAUGUACAUCUGUAUGUAUUUAUUUAUGGCGUCAACUCUGCCGAGACGCCAUUGACUUGUGCAUAUUAAUUUUACAAAAAUUCUUAAUAAACAUUUCAUACACAUUGGGCGCUCUCAAAUCUAGACUUUAAACAGCUGUCUAUAUAUUUAAUUUAAUAACAAAAAGCUCACAAUGAAAGCGCGACUUUGCAACAAUUUUGGUAGCUUUUAACCUUGAACCUGCUUUGGAUCGCUUAGAUUGACAAUUAACUCUGCCACUGCAAAAAGGAACAACAAAUAUAGAAAAUACUAACAUUUGAGACAUCAACAACAAAAAAGGAGAAAGAAAGGAAGACUUAAAUUUUCUAGUAUUUGGAACAAAUUACAUUGAAGUGUAAGAUUUACUACGAAAACAAAAGAAGUGAUCACAGGAAACGCCACAACAACUUUUUCGUUGCACACACUUGAGCAAGUGGCGAGUAAACAAAGCAAGCAUUAAAUACUUCAGAGCAACUUUUUUGUUUUCGCAUAGAAUAAAGACAUAAUAAAGUUUCGAAAACUGUUACAGACUUAAAAUAACACUGACAUAUAUGUACAUAUAUAAAUUGAUAAGACCAGCAAGCUGAAAUUCAGCCUUCAAGCAUAUCAAUCCAACAAACGCUGUAUACCGUACAUAAUUUGAUUUGAGCAAAAGGAAUCAUUUAAGUGACCUAGUCUAGCCUAUACGUGUUGAAACAAUAAGCAGUUAUAUAAACAAGAAGAGAAGAAAAAACAAUACACUUACACCAAAAACAAAACACAAAAAAAAAAAACGAAAAACCUAUUCACUAGUUUGACUGGGCAAAUGUAUAUCACUAACAGCAGCAACAUUGGUAUGGCCACGUUGUUGCAACAGAACAAGGCUACUUGUAUGAAGACCCUUAUCAAUGGCGGUGGCAAUGGCAGCAGCAAUGGCAAUAACGGAAACAACUCUGGAAUAGUUGUUGGUAAUAUUGUGAGUGGUGUUGGUGCGGGCACAUCACAAGUCGGCGGUACGGUUGCGACUGUUGCAAAUAUUGGUGGUCUGGGCAGUGGCGGUUUAGGUGGUAAUUUGGUACUGUCCCCUGGACAGGCUAUUGUUCUAACAAAUGGAGCAACCGGUGCUAGUAGUAUAAUCAACUAUCAACAAUAUCAACAGUUGUUGCAGCAACAGCAGCAUCAACAGCAGCAGCAGCAACAACAACAACAUAUAAACUCGGUUGCUACCACAACUGCAGCAGCAUCCGGUACACGAGUAUUAAUGCCUCACGAAAUGGUGACGCUUCCUAUUAGUAGUAUUGUAACAACUAGUGGGGGCGGUUUAGCCCUGAUAACCAGUGCAAAUACAGGUGGUGGAAGCCACGGUGCCACGGCCACACAAGGACACUUUUUGGUAGCGGCCACAGCAAGUCCUACGGUGCAACCCAUACAAACAACUACAAUGGGCUCGACAAACGCUAAUAUUAGUAGCUUUCAGCAGCAAUUUCAACAGCAAAUCGCCGCACAGCAUUCAACUACAAAUAAUGUAGUAUCAUCGGCUACGAAUAACCGUACCACUACGGUUUACACACAGCAACCAACUACUACAGGCGUAGUACAAACAGUGCCUACAACACGUUACUUUUCGCAAUUUAGUAAUCAACAACAGCCGACAUCUAGUAUUACAGCUGGAACUACAACGUCAACACUUGUCGCCGCUAAAACUGCUGGCAAUCGUACCAUCAUUAUUAAUCGCUCCAAUAAUACUAUAAUUGCUGGCAAUACAACACAACGUUUGCAACAUGCCAAAAUAUUGAAUAAACCACCGACGAAUAUUGCUGUGACACAGGCUUCGGUCAUAACGAAUGCUGUGCUCGCUAAUAAGUCACAAAUUAAUCAUAAUUCUCAAAUUCCUGCCAUUCAAGCUGUGAAGUUGCAACAACAACCGCAACGACAUCAUAUUACGGCCUUACAACAAAUCAAACAACAACAAUUGCUGCAACAGCAGCAACAACAAAAAAUACAACUCGUCAAGCCAAUAGUACACAGUAGCAGUUCGGUGACAACAAUUGCUACAAAAACAACAACGGUAGCCAACACCGCGGCAGCCACGCGCAAUGCAGCAUCGAGUGGGACAAUGGUCAAUGGUGGCAUAAAUUUAGUUCCUAACAACAAUAGUAUAGCCAGCAACAAUAGUAAUAAGAAUGUAAAUGUUGCAAGUGCCACAACGCCAGCAACAGUUACCAAAGCGUUGCCCAUGGCAGCUGUAUUUCCACAACAACAACAACAUCAACAAAUUCAGCUGCAGCAGCACCAUCAACAACACUUGCAGUUACAAAAUCAUCAGCAACAACAGCAACAACAACAACAACAUAAACAACAAAGCCAAAACCAAAGUCAACAGCUACAAUCUCAGCAACAACUUGUACAAGCGCAAGAGCAUAAACAAAUAGUUGCCCACUCACGCACCAUACCCGCCCAACCACACACUUCCACACCUGUCGCAACUAACAAAACUGCAAAUUCAGUUGCUGCAGCUCCAGCAGCUCCAGUAACUCAAGAAGCCACUGCUGGUACAGACGCCGCAAAUGCUGAACCCGAGGUCGAGCCCGAAAUCGACAUCGUCAUCAAUAAUGUUGUUUGUUCGUUCAGUGUACGUUGCCAUUUGAAUUUGCGUGAUAUCGCACUUAAGGGUUACAAUGUGGAGUAUCGUCGUGAAAACGGUAUGGUGACCAUGAAACUGCGGCGACCUUAUACGACUGCGUCCAUCUGGUCAUCGGGUCGUAUUACAUGUACGGGUGCUACAUCCGAGGAACAGGCAAAAAUUGCUGCACGUCGUUAUUCACGUUGUCUGGAAAAGCUCGGCUUUCGUGUGCGUUUUCAAAAUUUCCGUGUUGUUAAUGUGCUCGGCACUUGCAGCAUGCCAUGGGCUAUUAAGAUUUUAAAUUUCUCAGAACGGUACAAGAAAGAAGCCAGUUACGAGCCCGAAUUGCAUCCCGGUGUCACAUAUAAGCUGCGCUAUCCCAAGGCCACCUUGAAAAUAUUCUCCACCGGCAGUAUUACUGUGACUGCUGCCAGUGUUGCUAAUGUACAGGCUGCCAUUGAACAUAUAUUCCCGCUGGUCUAUGAGUUUCGUAAGAAGCGUUCACCCGAGGAGCUGGAACAGUUACGCAUUAAGCAACAACGUGCCGCUUCAGUAGAUGUUACCGAACUCGAGGAGGUGCUAAACACCGAUAUUGUCGUCGAAACAAAAACGGACACGUCAGUGCCAACAACAGUACAGCGCCGACGUAUAAGCAAUAGCGCACUUAAUAAUUUUAAACAAAAGCGCCGAAGAAUGGGCAGUGAUAUUGAAUUUGACGGCGGUGAGGAUGGUUCGCUGUUGGCCGCUGAGGAAAUCGAUGAUCCCACAGCAAAGGUGACCGAUGAUAAUAUUGUGAUGUACGAUCCGGAUGAUUUAAUUGAAGGACCCGAUGAUGAGGAUGAUCUUUAAAUAACAAAUGUGUGAGAUUUGUGCAUUAGUGCAUUAUUGAGUGAGAGAGCGGAUUUCGGGCAGCACAUUCAUGUCGUUUGAUUACGUAUUAUGGUUUCACAACAACAAAUUUCUAUACAAAUACAGAUAUUAAUAAACAAAGAAUGAGAGAAAAACGGAGUUUAUUACAAAUUGCCAAUGUAAUGCAAAGGAAAUUUUGAAGCAAUGGUGUAUAGAACAAAAAUAAAAUAUAUAUAUAUAUAGUAUAUAAAUUAUAAUGACAGUUGAAAGCAAUUUAAUUGACGACACACAAAUUACAUAUACAAAACAAGAAGAAAAAAACAAAUAUUCCAACACAUCAGCAACCAAAACAAAUCAACUUAGUUCUAAUCAAACAACUGAAGUUUGUCGUUAAACAAAAAUAUAUAAAAGCAUAAUUUCUUUUUAAUUUUUUUGUGAACGCGCACAUAAACUACAUAUAUACUACAUAUAUUUCUGUGUGUGUGUGUGUGUGCGCGCGUAUAUUUUAAGAACUCGUGUAUUAUCAAUACCAACAGCAGCAUGUAUAGAUACAUUUGUAUUUGUAAAUUUGUGCACUCCAAAUGUAUGGUGCUAAGGUUUCGAGUUCAAAUACGUUUAAUGAGAACAACACAAGCAAUGAAACAGUUUUGAGAAGUCUGCGAACUGCGAUCUACUCUACUAUGGGAAUUGUGAGCCAAAUAACUACAACUAUUUAUAAGGUAUUUUUAACUUCCAGUGUGCUUUGCUUAGUUACGUCGUUAUUAGCAGCGUUGAUUGUAAUUGCAACAGCUGUGACAAAAAGACGGAGCAACAUUUAAAUUAAAUGAUUUCGCUCGAGAGUAUGCGGCGAAUACAACUAAAUAAAAACAACACGAUUCAACCAAUAUUUGUUAGUUUACAAAAACAAAAAUAUUUGUAGAAUUUUACUAUAUAGUAUAUAGUAUGCAUAUACUAAUCAACUUAUCCUUGGUCGAAAAUUUAGUUUUAAGUUUAUUACUGAUUAGCUAAGUUAAGUUUAAACAAGAUAAGCAAGGACUAUUAGCACGUAUUCAAUUACAUGCAUAAGCAUGUAUGUAUGUAUGUAUGUAUACAUAUAUUGCGUUCAUAAGUGAAAGAAAAACCACCGCAAAACUAAUUAAACAAUUUAUUUAAAACACACUGAAGCAUAUUAAAUUCUAGCAUAAUUUAUUAAAACACUUUAUUAACUAAUGGGUUAGCAUGCAUACAGCAUACAUUGAGUUUUUACAUGUUACAAUUAUGUAUUGCGUAGAAAUAUUGAUUGCAAUUGAUUUAUUUAAUGAAUGAACAAUGUAAUAGUAACAAGCAUUUUAUUUAUUCGAAUCGAUUUGAGUUGCUCUUAAUUAUAUUAAUUAAUUCAAUUAUUUUGAAGCAUCAAUUAAAAUGAAAGAAUGCUUGGAUGUGUAGUAUAUAUAUAUAUAUGUCAUUAUAUAUAUAACAGUAUAUGUAUUUAAUUUAAUCAUAUCAUUUAUAUAUACCAACCAACCAUUAUUACUUUCAUAGCAUGGCAAUCAAAGACAGUACACACUGUUAUGCUAACAGCCAAUAGCCGCAUAGGCAUAACUAACAAUAGCAAGAAAAACGAAAAAAACUAUUUAAAUAAGACAUGUAAUUUAUAUAUAAACUAAAGAAAGAAAAAACUAAAAAAAUCAAAAUGCUAACAUAUUGUUUGCAAAAGAACGUAAUUAAUUAAUUAAUUAAUUAAGUGUACUUGUAGAUGGUACACUAAUUUACAUAAAUAUGGUAUAUGUAUAUGUGUAAAAAUCGAGUAUAUCUUCACUUAUCUGGUCACACUCAAACCAAUUACCUACAAACAAACAAACAAAAUAUAAUAGACAAACUAAAAGCAUAUAUUGUAUUUGUUAUAUUUAUAUACUAAGCACACAUACAUAAUCACUAAACAAAUUAAACUUAAGUUAAGUAAGUAAAUUAAUUUUCAAAUAAUGUAAAAAUUCUAUGCAAAUGAAACGCAAACGGUUAGUACUUGUUGUACUGGUAUGAGUUUGACAUGCAAGCAAGUUUUGAAUUAAUACCAACAAAGUGAGGUUAGAAACUGUUAGGCGUGGGUUUUGAAAUUGCUGUGUAAUUUCGUCGCACCGAAUUUCGAGUUUCAUUUAACACAUAAAUAAAGCCAAAACUGUAAAAUUACAAGCAAUUAUUUGCGCAUAAAAUGUAUUUUUUUUUUGAAGCCAGUAAAUACAAGCGUUUGCGACAUACUUAUAUAGUAUAUAGUUUGAGUAUAUAUAAUAAAUAAACUGUUUGCAAAAUACUCGUCGCAGCACAUGCUAGCUAGCUAUUUAUGCCUUGUAACUAAACAAAUACUAAUAAACAAUUAAACAAUUAUGUGCGCAUAAACAAAUUAAUUUUAUUUUUUUUUGUUCCUCUUCAUUUAAUUAAGUGUUUAUGCCUUGCAUAAUGUAAUGAAGAAAUAAUUAGUUAAUUGAGUAAUGUAUUAGCAGGAAUUAAAAGCAAUCUUUUUUUUUGUUUUUUCCAACUAUAUAUAUAUUGGAUAUGUAUGUAUUAUGUUUAUUAAACGCAAAAAAACGACCAAAACCAAUAUCACACAUACAACAUUAUGUAUUUUGAAUUAACUAACAUUUAUUAUUUAGACAUAAUAUGAAGAGCAAUGAACUAUUUUCGGUUUAAGCAUUUUGAGUAUUCGUUAAAUUAGAAAGCAAAAACAAAAAAGCAAAAUACAAAGAAAUUUAAUAAUAAUUGCAAUAUGUGUAAACUAAUAUAUGUAUACAUAUUAAUGUAAAACAACAAAAUACAACUAUCACAAUCAUAUACAAAAAACACACACAUAUACACGCUUACACAUACAUACACAUACUAACAACUUAUACAUAUGAGAAUGACACAUACUAUUAUAGAUAAAAACAAAAACAAAAACAAGUACAUACAUACAUAUACUAAAAAUACAUAUGAAUAUUUAAAAAAUUUAGUUUGUAAACACAAAUGAUGAACAUAUAAAUACAAAAAACAAACAAAAUAUUAUAUAUAUAUGAAAACCAAAUUCCUUAGAGCAAAUAAAGAAAAUGUUUAAACAAAAUGUAACGAAAAAGAAGAAAAAUUUACUCGAAUUAUUCAUAAAUGUAAUGAUGACUAGUUUGUACAUGCAAUUAUUUGAGUGGCAACAAUUUAUUAAAAUGCAAAAACAAAAAGAAAAUUAAAUAAUUAAAAAUUAAACACAAAAAGACUUGUAAAAUUGUAAACGGAUUGUGUAGCGAGUAAGUUGAGAGCAGCAAACGCGAAAGCAUAAGUCAAUCAUAAUUUGUAAAUCACAACAACAACAAAAGAAAAAAACUAAAAAAGGAGAGUACAGAACAAAACAAAAUGAGAAAGUCUGCCAGCAAAGCAUAUAUUCUACACAAAGCCUAUUUGAGUGCUAAUAAAUAAUGCAAAUAAUUGAACUCAUAUUAAAUAUUUGCUAAAAAUUAUGUACAAUGCAAUAAAAUAAAGAAGAACGCAAAAAAUUGGUUCAAAAUCUAAAGCGCUAAAAUUGAAAUGCUGAACUUAACGAUUUGAGUAUAUAUAACAAUACAGUUAUUUAUGAAAAUCGAAUUUGGUUGAGCAUAACAAGCAAGCAAAAGCAAUGAGAUAAUAACCUAAAAAUAAUUUUUGUGCUCACUAUUUCUAUAAAAUAAAAAGAAAAAAAUUGCUAAAAAUGCAAAAUAACAACAACAAAUUGUUAAGAAAUAUUUUUAAUUUUUUGCUCAUUAUUUCUUGAAUAUAAGCAUAAAAAACCUGCACAUUAGCGGCAUUAUUAUAACAGCAACAAAUUGCUGAGAAAAAGCUGUCUGUAAAAUUUCAAUCAGUAGUAGACUUUACACUUACAAACGUGGAACGGCAUUUUAGACACAACCACCUAAACGAAAGCCGAAUUAACUUUAGCAGAAUGCCAAAAAAUUAAAAUAAAAUAAAAAUAAUUAAUAAUAUAUAAGGUGAUAAAAUUAUAAAAAAAGCUAUUUUGUAAUAUGUAAAGUAAAAGUUAUGCAAACAAAAACAAAAAAGAAAAAAAAACAGCAACAAAUGGGCAUAAAUCAAUUAAAGGCCAAUGCAGCACACAGUACUAUGUUUUUUAUACUCUUCUUUUAGAAAUUGAAUAUUUGAAAAUGGCAAAUUGCAAAUCAUUGACUAAAAUUAGAUUUUCGCUAUGGCUGAAACCCUUAACGACUUUCACACGCGCUUGGUUUCAACACACUUACACACUUUUGAGGGAAUUUCGUAUUUUCCAAGUGAUUUGUAAAUGAAUUAAUUAAAACAAAUUUAAUUACUGUAUGCAUAAUCAAAUUAACGAUUAUUAAGGAAUGAAAUAACUGCCUUAAAAUGUAAAAGAAUAAAAUAUUAUAGAAAUACAAAUGAAAAAAUGAACAAACAAAAAAUAAAAUAACAAUAAAAACAACGUAGCUAUAACAGAGGAGAAAAUUAAAAGAAAAAUUUUAAUUAUUAUUACAAAAUUUGUAAUACACAAAUACAUACAUUUUGGCACUCUUGGGUAAAAAUGUAUAAUACAAUUAAAUUUUUUUGCGAAGAUUUACAAAAUUUUUGUUUGUUUGCAGUGUAAUUAAUUUUAGUUUCUUCUUUCUUUUCACUCAAAAUAAAAAAAAAAUCGAGCUUUAUUUAUUUUUAUUCGUUUUGUAAAGUUAAUUGUUUAUUUUUACAACAACAAUACUAUAGUAGUAGUUUAAUCAUAAUAGAAAAUAAUUGAAAAGGGAAUACAACAAAUAGUUUUGCUUUUCUUUUUUGCCGUAAAGACUGCGUUAUACCAACCAAGAAUGAAUGAAACAAAUAAUUAUUUUUUAAUAAAUAAGCGAAAUAUAAAUAUACAAAUGAAAAUAAGAAAAUUAAAACAAACAAAAAAUACUAUUUACAUAUUACAUACGUAAAUGUGUAACAAGUGAAUUCACACAAGAACUCACCUAAAUGUAAUUAAAUGCAUAAAUAAAUAAGAAAAAAAAGUGAACAAAAACAAAAUCAAGUGAAAGUCAAAGUGAGAAGGAAACUAGUUGAUAAGCCAAAUUACAAAACAACAAAUUACAGCAAGUUCUAGCAAUAAAGGAAAAGCCUUAAACAUUUGAGUAUAUUUGAAUGAAAAGAAAAGUUAAAAAUAAAAAUGAAUACAAAAACAUUUGCAAAGAAGAA